AUGAGUGUAUUCUCACUUUUAUUCUCUUUUUAUUUGAUCAUUUAUUAUGCAAAUACCGCACCUGCAUCGAAUGAAAAUGGAUUAAAUAAUGGUUUAAUUGCUAAUGGAAAAGUAAAUGAUGAACCAAUGUGUAAAAUGGAUGAAGGACGAAUUGAAAUUCCUCUUAAUGGUAGAAUUCGUUUGGGUACAAAUCCAUGCAAAGUAUGUACUUGUACUCUUACGGGAUUUGCAUGUGAAGAUCAAUGUGAAACAAUUCCAGGUUCUACUUCAAUCGGUGCACCGGGAGAAAUUGGUACUACAACUACGUCAGGUUCUACUUCACCUACUCCUGGUCAAAUAAUGAUUUCACCAUCUUUUCCACCAUCUCCCAUGCCAAAUGCAAAUGGUAAUACUCCAACAAGUUCAACACCAUCAACAUCAAUAAAUAGAAAUUCUAAUAAUGGAGAUUUACCAACAAAUUAUGCUGGUGGAGCAUGUACACGUUUAGGAGCUUGUGGGCGUGAAUAUGCAUAUGCUGAUUGUAGUGAAGUAUAUGCAUCUGGAAAACGUACAACUGGAAUUUAUGAAAUUUGGCCUCGUACAAGUCCAAAACCAUUUCGAGUUUUAUGCGAUAUGGAUACAGAUGGUGGUGGAUGGACAGUUAUUCAACAUCGUGGUGAUUAUUAUCCACAAACAAAUUUUUAUCAAACAUGGUCAACAUAUAAACGUGGUUUUGGUGAUCUUACACGUGAUUUUUAUCUUGGAAAUGAAAAAAUUUAUUUAAUAGGAGAACAAGAUGAAUAUCGUAUUCAUUUUGAUUUAGAAGAUUUUAAUAAUCAAACACGUUUUGCUGAAUAUGAAUGGUUUUUUAUUACUAAUGAACAAACAAAAUAUACAUUAAAUGUAGGUGAUUAUGUGAAAACGUCAAAUGCUGGCGAUUCAUUUUCUCAUGCUCGUGGUAUGCGUUUUACAACACGUGAUCAAGAUAAUGAUGUUUCAUCAACUAAACAAUGUGCAGAGAAUUUUUUUAGUGGUUGGUGGCAUAAAGAUUGUACGGUAGUAAAUUUAAAUGGACUUUAUAUACGUGGAAAUGAUACAUCAGCUACAGGAAUUUUUUGGAGUGGUUGGUUAGGUGGAAAUUAUUCAUUAAAAUCAUGUUCAAUUAAAAUACGACCAAAUACUUUCAGUUCUGACAUGUUUUUGUGA